UAGUCCAGAGAGAACUGCCUACCAUGCGCUAGGACACAGAGUUUGCGGAUUAUUUCACUUUAGUGCUUGCGGAUUACAAAGAGGGAAACAGUGAAAAUGGGGAGGAAGAAAAUACAGAUCACAAGAAUAAUGGACGAACGAAACAGACAGGUGACCUUUACGAAAAGGAAGUUUGGAUUAAUGAAGAAAGCCUACGAACUGAGCGUGCUCUGUGACUGUGAAAUAGCCCUCAUCAUUUUUAACAGUUCCAACAAACUCUUUCAGUACGCUAGCACAGACAUGGACAAAGUCCUUCUCAAAUACACGGAGUACAACGAGCCUCACGAGAGCAGAACCAACUCCGACAUUGUUGAGACGUUAAGAAAGAAAGGCCUUAAUGGUUGUGAGAGCCCUGAUCCUGACGAUUACUUUGAGCACAGUCCGCUGUCGGAGGACAGAUUCAGCAAACUAAAUGAAGAUAGUGAUUUUAUUUUCAAGCGAGGCCCUGCUCUGAACAAGAAGGAAAACAGAGGGUGCGACAGCCCAGACCCUGACGCCUCCUAUGUGCUUACGCCGCACACAGAAGAAAAAUAUAAAAAAAUUAAUGAAGAGUUUGAUAAUAUGAUGCGGAAUCAUAAAAUCGCACCUGGGUUGCCACAGCAGAACUUCUCAAUGUCCGUCACCGUCCCCGUCUCCAGCCCCAACACUCUAACGUACAGCAAUCCUGGGAGUUCCCUCGUUUCCCCUGCGUUGGUGGCGAGUUCGACCUUGACGGACACCACCAUGCUGAGUCCCCCUCAAGCCACGUUGCAUCGAAAUGUCUCUCCUGGAGGUCCUCAGAGGCCCCCGAGCACUGGCAGUGCGGGCGGCAUGUUAUCCACGGCGGACCUCUCGGUGCCAAAUGGAGCUGGUUCUAGUCCAGUGGGAAAUGGGUUUGUGAACUCACGAGCUUCGCCCAGCCUGCUUGGCAACGCUGGUGGUGGGAAUAACCUAAGCAAAGUUAUGCCCACCAAAUCUCCCCCUCCCCCUGGUGGGGGCAACCUUAGCAUGAACAAUCGCAAGCCAGAUCUCCGCGUUGUCAUCCCUCCAUCCAGCAAAGGCAUGAUGCCUCCCUUGUCGGAGGAGGACGAAUUGGAGUUGGUGAGUCUGGGGUCCUACUUGAACACCCAACGGCUGAGCAGUUCGCAGUCGACGCAGCCCCUUGCCACCCCGGUUGUGUCGGUGACGACGCCCAGCUUGCCCCCGCAGGGAUUGGUUUAUUCCGCCAUGCCGACAGCGUACAAUACAGAUUACUCCUUGACUAGUGCAGAUCUGUCGGCUCUGCAGGGAUUUAACUCCCCAGGAAUGCUGUCAUUAGGACAAGUGUCUGCCUGGCAACAGCAUCAUUUAGGACAGGCAGCCCUCAGCUCUCUUGUGACGGGAGGCCAGUUAUCUCAGGGUUCCAGUUUAUCCAUCAACACCAACCAAAACAUUAAUAUCAAGUCCGAACCGAUUUCGCCUCCUCGAGACCGCAUGACCCCGUCCACGUUCCCACAGCAGCAGCCACCGCCGCAACAGCAGCAACAACAACAGCCACAGCAACAGGCGCGGCAGGAAAUGGGCCGCUCUCCGAUUGACAGUCUCAGUAGCUCCAGCAGUUCGUACGAUGGCAGCGACCGGGAGGACCCGAGGAGCGACUUCCAUUCCCCCGUCGGCUUGGGAAGACCCCCGAACUCGGAAGAUAGAGAGAGCCCGACAGUGAAGCGCAUGAGAAUGGACGCCUGGGUGACAUAA